CUUUAGUUUUUAAAAGUUAUAUGUAUUAUACAAUCUAAGUAAAGUACUUAGUAAGACUAGUUAAUAAUGAUCAUGUAUAUCUGUUCUUAGUUUAAAUGUAUUCUGGCUCUCUUCUCAGUUAAUCAUGCCUAUAUAGAACCUAGGUAUUAAGAUCAUGAGGUUCUGUCAAGAUACUGUCACUCAGUUUUAGACAAUAGAACUUAAUUACAAUGAAUGUAUCUAAUGCGAAAUAAAUAGCCUCUUGUCUAGGGCCUUCAACAUGCAACUCUUUCAGGUAUUGAAUGUUAUACCGUGUUAAAUGAUGAAUUUUAGCCUGGCAGAUCAUAGACAGUUUCCCUUAUUCUCCCUUAAUAACAGAUCCAAAUCUUUACUGUUAGGGGCACAUUCUUCCAAUGCAGUAAGAAAUGAAGAAAACAGAGUUCAAAACUGUUUAUAUAUUGUGAUUUCAGUACCACUGUUAUUUUUUAUUUCUUUUCAUUCUUUUUCUCUGUGUAUAUUUAAUGGAGGACUUUACAAAAUACAUUCAGCAUAAUACAUGAAAUAAUUAAUACUUUGUACUAACUUUUAUUAUCAAUCACUGUUUAACCCUGGUUUUGUAUUCUAGUUUAUCUUAUAUUUUCUCCUAAUCGCCUCAAAAUGAAGUAAGUGGUUAGUUUAUAGCACCCUGGCUCAAAAGCUAGCGUAGGCAGCUUUCCUCUCCUGCUGGCUGUUCCCUUCCAGGCUUUCAGCUUUUCUCUAGUGAGAGCAACCUGAGCGUUUCCAAACCCUGAAGAGAAAGUAAUCAGGUACCUUGCAAGCAAUUCUGAUCACCAUUCUGCAUCAUUUCUGUACCUCUCACCUAAAUCUGAAAGCUAUAUUAAAGCUUGUUUUCCUUUUCAAUCCAUCUGAAUUUAGUAAUAUGUUCAUGCAUGGUUAUGUCUGUUGACACUUUUCAAUCUGGAACAACUGUUCCAACCUUCUCCCCUGUUCCUCAUAUAACCUUAGUGGGAGUAGAGUGAAAUAAAAUGUACAUGGUUAUAUCUGUACCAGCUAUCUCACACAGAAUCAGAAAAAAAUGAUUUCUAAAAUGUACAGAUAUUUAAAGUAAAGACUACUGGCUCCUAAUUACUGUGUUUCCAUUAUUUAUUGACUGUACUUAGUAAAUAUCUGCUAUAAAUAGAAUUUGUUCUUAUCCUAAGGGGCAUGUCAUCCCUGUUAUCAAGAAGCCUAGUGUAGUUGUAAAUGCAAGACUUCUUUAGUUGUUGGUUCCACAAAUAUGUGUUAAACACCUACAAUAUGCCAAUUACUGUUCUACGUGCUGGGGAUAUUGUAGUGUAAAGUCCCUGGCCUCAUAGAGCUCCUAGCGUGAGGAAUGAACAAUAAGCAAAUGAGUAUUUAAUAUCAUGGCAGUUGCUAUGAAGAAAAACGAAACGGGAUCAAAGGGUGAUGAGAGGGUUGGGGCUCUGUGGGAGAAGCCUCACAGACCAAGGGAGGGGCAGGUACCACGGCCUUGCUGAGGGAGCGUGUUUAACAUGUCCAUGGGGCAGCAGAAGGCCACACUGAAGGGAGUCGUGUGCACAUGGUGGAGGGAGCAGAAGGAACUGCAAAAGUAACCAGGUGUCAGAUUAAGAAGAACUUUAUGUGGUAAGGCCUUUGGAUUUAUAUCCACUGGUGACUAACUAACAGAUAGCAGAAGGCAGGAUGUGAGCGUUCAGUCAGUGGUUCAUGGGACCAUAUCACUGGUACAAGGAGCCGGAGUGCAAGAGAAGUUCUUUUAGUGUGCUAAUAAGGCUUUAUCAAGAAGAUGAAUCUUAAAGGACAGGGUUGACUGAGUAUGUCUGAGGCAGGGUAGGGGGAGAGUAAAGGCAGUGGGUGAGGAUUCUGAAGGGGAGGCUGGAAAGGAAAGUGGUAUGUGAGAAGAUGUCAGAUUCCACUCCAAGAACAGUCCUUUAGUAGAAGGAAUGAGGCUACAAAUGUAGCUGGGCCAAAUUGUGGAUGUAGAAUAUCUUUUUAAUGAGAUCUGUUCUUCUUAUUCUAGAUCCAAACUCAUGAUAGUUUAAAAACUUGGUUAAACCAAAACUCAAGUAAUACAAAACAUGAAAAAAUUAUCUUGGAGAAUUAACAUAGUAGCUUUUUUUAAACUCUAAGAAAGGAAGAAAGAAAUAGCUUUCUAAAUUAGUUACUGUACAGAUUUAAAGAUCAAUUUGGGUGAAAAAAAGGUUAUUUUUUCUCUCGUUUAAUAAUCGUGUUGUAUUUUUGUUAAAGCAAAUCUCUAAGCUGGAAUAAAGUUUCAAAUCAGUAAGUGUAAAAAACAAAACAUAAACCCAACCAAAUUAUUUAGAGAUCUUUUUACAUAGCUCAGAUCAGAGGAUUGUUAGUUUUGUCCUUACCAAAUCUCUUGAUAUUUUAUUUCAGCAGUGCUCAGAGAAAUAAAUAGUUUUUAAACUAAAUUCUUCACUUGGGAAUGGUUGUCAGCGAAAUUUGACACACAUGCAAGAUGAAGUAAACAUGAAGUCAAAUCAGAGGGAACAUCAAAACAUUCAGGAUUUGGAGAUUGAAAAUGAAGAUUUGAAAGAGAGGUUAAGAAAAAUUCAGCAAGAACAAAGAAUACUAUUGGAUAAAGUCAAUGGUUUACAGUUACAGCUGAAUGAGGAAGUAAUGGUUGCUGAUGAUCUGGAAAGUGAGAGAGAAAAGCUGAAGUCCCUUUUGGCAGCUAAAGAAAAGCAACAUGAAGAAAGUUUAAGAACUAUUGAGGCUCUGAAAAACAGAUAUAAAUAUUUUGAGAGUGAUCAUUUAGGAUCAGGAAGCCAUUUCAGUAACCGAAAAGAAGAUAUGCUUCUUAAACAAGGUCAAAUGUAUAUGACAGACUCACAGUGUACCUCCACAGGUAUGCCAGCCCAUAUGCAAAGCAGAUCUAUGUUAAGACCACUGGAGCUAUCUUUAUCCAGUCAAACCUCCUACUCUGAAAAUGAAAUUUUAAAGAAGGAGUUAGAAGCAAUGCGAACUUUCUGUGACUCAGCAAAACAAGACCGACUCAAACUCCAAAAUGAGCUGGCUCACAAGGUGGCAGAGUGCAAAGCUUUAGCGUUAGAGUGUGAAAGGGUCAAGGAGGAUUCAGAUGAACAGAUAAAGCAAUUAGAAGAUGCAUUAAAAGAUGUGCAGAAGAGGAUGUUUGAGUCAGAAGGUAAAGUAAAACAAAUGCAGACCCAUUUUCUUGCCCUUAAAGAACACCUAACCAGUGAAGCAGCUACAGGGAAUCACAGACUGGCGGAGGAACUGAAGGACCAGUUGAAAGACAUGAAAGCAAAAUAUGAAGGUGCUUCGGUAGAAGUGGGAAAACUAAGAAACCAAAUCAAACAAAAUGAGAUGGUAGUAGAAGGGUUUAAGAGAGAUGAAGGCAAGCUGAGAGAAGAAAAUAAGCGAUUGCAGAAGGAAUUUAGUAUGUGUGAAAUGGAGCGAGAGAAGAAAGGAAGAAAAGUCACAGAGAUGGAAGGACAGUUAAAAGAAUUGUUAGCAAAGUUGGCCCUUUCCAUUCCAACAGAAAAAUUCGAAAAUAUGAAGAGCUUAUUAUCGAAUGAAGUGAAUGAGAAAGCAAAAAAGGUAGUGGAAAUGGAAAGAGAAUAUGAAAAAUCACAUAGUGAAAUUAGACAGUUAAAGAGAGAACUUGAGAAUGUUAAGGCCAAGCUUGCUCAGCAUGUCAAACCGGAGGAACAUGAACAGCUCAAGAAUAGAUUGGAGCAAAAAUCAGAAGAACUUGGGAAGAAGAUCUCCGAGUUAACACUGAAAAAUCAGACAUUACAAAAGGAAAUUGAAAAGGUGUAUCUGGAUAAUAAGCUCCUCAACCAGCAAGUACAUAACUUAACAAUUGAAAUGAAAAAUCACUAUGUUCCUUUAAAAGUAAGUGAAGAAAUGAAAAAAUCACACGAUGUCAUUCUUGAUGAUUUGAAUAAAAAGCUUUUAGAUGUAACACAGAAAUAUACAGAAAAGACCCUGGAAAUAGAGAAACUGCUGAAGGAAAAUGACAGUUUAAGUAAGAACAUUAGCCGCCUGGAAGCUGUAUUUGUUCCUCCUGAGAAACAUGAAAAAGAGAUAACGGCUCUGAAAUCCAAUAUUAUUGAACUUAAAAAACAAGUGUCUGAACUUAAGAAAAAAUGUGGUGAAGACCAAGAGAAAAUACAUGCACUCACGUCUGAAAGCGCUAACUUGAAAAAGACUAUGAGUAAUCAGUAUGUGCCAGUUAAAACCCAUGAAGAGAUUAAAAUAGCAUUGAGUAACACAUUAGAUAAAACUAACAGAGAAUUAUUAGAUGUGAAGAAAAAAUUUGAAGAUAUAAAUCAAGAAUUUAUAAAAAUAAAAGAUGAGAAUGAAAUAAUGAAGAGAAACCUGGAAAACACUCAAAACCAAAUAAAAGCUGAGUACAUCAGCCUAGAAGAGCAUGAGGAAAAGAUGAGUGCUCUAAGUAAGAGCAUGAAAAAGGUACAAGAUGAUAAUGCUGAAAUACUGGCUAACUACAGACAAGGCCAAGAAGAGAUUGUGACACUGCAUGCUGAAAUUGAAGCCCAGAAGAAGGAACUCGACACAAUACAAGAAUGCAUUAAGCUAAAAUAUGCACCAAUUAUCAGCUUUGAAGAAUGUGAGAGAAAAUUUAAAACAACAGAGAAGGAACUAAAAGAACAGUUAUCAGAGCAGACACAAAAGUACAGUGCCAGGGAAGAAGAGGCCAGGAAAAACAAGCAAGAGAAUGACAAGUUAAAAAAGGAGAUUUUUACCCUUCAGAAAGAUUUAAAGGAUAAGAAUGUUCUCAUUGAGAAUUCUCAUGAAAUGGAAAGAGCACUAAGCAGAAAAACAGAAGAGCUAACCAAACAGUUAAAAGAUCUGUCACAGAAAUACACAGAAAUAAAGAAUGAGAAAGAGAAGCUAGUAGAAGAAAAUGCCAAACAAACUUCUGAGAUACUUACAGUGCAAAAUCUUUUGCAAAAACAGCAUGUUCCAGUGGAACAGGUUGAGGCCCUGAAAAAAUCUCUUAAUGGCACAAUUGAGAAUCUAAAGGAAGACCUAAAGAAUAUGCAAAGGUGUUAUGAGAAAGAGCAGCAGACAGUGGCCAAACUACAUCACUUGUUGGAGAAUCAAAAGAAUUCUUCUGUGCCCCUGGCAGAGCAUUUGCAGAUUAAGGAAGCAUUUGAGAAAGAAGUUGGAAUCAUAAAAGCUAGCUUGAGAGAAAAGGAAGAAGAAAGCCAAAACAAAACUGAAGAAGUCUCCAAACUUCAGUCUGAGGUUCAGAAUACCAAACAAGCAUUAAAAAAAUUGGAGACGAGAGAGGUAGUUGAUUUGUCUAAAUAUAAAGCAACGAAAAGUGACUUGGAGACACAGAUUUCCAACUUAAAUGAAAAAUUGGCCAAUCUGAAUAGAAAGUACGAGGAAGUAUGUGAGGAAGUUUUACAUGCCAAAAAGAAGGAGCUAUCUGCAAAAGAUGAGAAGGAAUUACUACAUUUCAGCAUUGAGCAAGAAAUCAAGGAUCAGAAGGAACGAUGUGAUAAGUCCUUAACAACAAUUACAGAGUUACAAAGAAGAAUACAAGAAUCUGCUAAACAAAUCGAAGCCAAAGAUAAUAAGAUAACUGAACUGCUUAAUGAUGUAGAAAGACUAAAACAAGCACUCAAUGGCCUUUCCCAACUCACCUACACAAGUGGAAACCCCACCAAGAGGCAGAGCCAACUGAUUGACACUCUGCAGCACCAAGUGAAGUCCCUGCAGCAGCAGCUGGCUGAUGCUGACAGACAGCACCAAGAAGUAAUCUCAAUUUAUCGGACACACCUUCUUAGUGCUGCACAGGGUCAUAUGGAUGAAGAUGUUCAGGAGGCCUUACUCCAAAUCAUACAAAUGCGGCAGGGGCUUGUGUGCUAGCGGUUAGCACUGACCGGCCACUGUCUGCUUUGUCCUGCUGGUGCUGAGCUUUCUGUGCAGAACUCCACGGUCUUUCUGAACUUACUGUACUAGUGUAAUUAAAAUAAAAUGUUUUGUCCUAUCAGUAGGUUUUUUUAAUUAGAUGAAUAUGUUACUGACUUUUUCAAUAUCAGUUCAAAUUUUAUAUUCUAUAUAUGUUAAUUUUACGUACAACAUAACACUUUGCCUUGGAUUGACUAUAUAUUUUUACACUUGAAUCCCUAAUAAAACAUGAACCAUCUGCAAUGGGUCCAUA